GUCUCUUCUGUCUUCAAGAAAGCGUUGAUUUGCUCAAUGGGUGUCAUUGCAAUGUCGCAUGCGCUUUACGCUUUGCGCAUGGACUUUGCAGUACGCUUUGCGCAACCUGCGCGACCAGCGCUCUGAAUUCGCUUGAAUGCCGGUGCCGGUGCCGGCACCACCUGGCUUUGCCCAUGUGAAGCACCCAAUCUCACGAGAGCGAACGCGAAAGACGGGCAUUUCCACCUUCACCAGGAUUUGGCCUCGACGUGGAAAGAACAAGAGACGUGGUCCCAACCCGCGUUUGAAGAGGUAUGGCCUCUUGAGAAGAAUGGCUCUCCUCCCGUUCUGGGUGGGUGCGCUCCAAUACCGAUUGGUGAUGUUGGUGGACUCUCUGGCGCACAGUGUCCUUGCAAUUCUUUGCGGCGCUGAGCUCUUAGGAUUGGACAUUUUGCGUGGAAGGCAAAGCUCGGUCUUGGCCCGGCCAUUGGGCUCUGCAAGGAGGCUUGCUUCUUUGGUCUACGAUAGCUGCUUUGGAAUGGCGCAGCUGCUAUGCACGCUGCCACGGUUCUUCUUUUCGUUCCCUGAUGAGGAUAUGAUGACAGUGUUUCGCCGCCUCGCCAUUUUGCAGUGCUGCUUCGGAGCAUUGUUGCACUAUUCCUCGGUGGUGCGAUGGAAAACCAGAUCUUGUGAGUAUCGAGUACCUCCACUGCUGAUUUUGGUGGCCUACUUUGUCCUACCGUGGACCAACCUUUGCAGCUUUUUGCUACUUGUGCGUCCUGGAGAUCAUCAGUUGGGCAGCCGGCUCAUGGAGUUCUUGAUCUUAAUGACGUCAGCGGGACUUCGAGUGGCUCUAUUUGGAAGGUAUGGCAGGCCACGCAUGCCACGAGCCCCACAGUCAUACUUGAUGCGGUUCGGCGAUGCGGUGGUGCUGGGCCUUGCUGUGUAUUUGUUAGAUGCUGCUCUCCUGCGAAAUGCUUGGAUUGAACGCCGCAAGAAUUGGAAGUUUGUGUUCUGUCUCCUCCUGCUGGCGUUGCCUUUACCAUUCUGGCGUCAUUUAUUGCGCUUCUUCCGAGAAGAGCGUGACGGUGUCAAGAUGCCCAAGGCAGUGAAGAAAGAGCGAAUCACAAGGGAGGAUGUUCGAGCUGAGAUUUAUGGGAAACUCCGACCAGGAGUGCCCGUUGGAGCUGAUCUUCCGACGGACGUUACGCAAAAGCUUCGUGCACGGCGGGCUUUUGAACGUUCCAGGGGACAGAGAGAGGUUGCCCGGACGGUGCCAAAGUUGCCUGUCGUAGGCUUCGGGUCAUGUUUGAAGCGAAGACCCUGUUUUUUUUGGGUGCAAGUGGAACCUUGAAGCAUGCCAGGCCUCUCAUACUGGCACCUUGGCUUGGUUCUUGUACGGCAAUCCCCAAUCAGAACAGUGAGUCCCCUCUCAAAUGUAUUGGACAUAGUUCCCAUCUAUUUUGGAACAUUCCAAGUGG